AUGUUCGCUGCUGUGAACAGAUCUACGAGCCGACUCUGGUUGCACGGGUUCGCGCGUAUUCGCGUGCCGGGAUUCUCCAAAUCUGCCAAAGAGACCACGCAGUCGUCCGAGUUAGAGGCGGCUGUAGCAGCUGAUAUCGCGGGCGCUGUAGCAUGCAAGACUCCUCCGGAACAGGAAAAAGUUGUACCGAGGAUGCAGACUGUUCGCGUAUAUCGAUGGAAUCCGGAAACGCCAAAAGUGAAGCCGUACAUGCAGCAGUUUAACGUGGAUCUAAAUAAAUGUGGCACGAUGGUGUUGGACGUGCUGGCGUUGAUCAAGGCGCAGCACGACCCGACGUUGUCUUACCGAAGGUCCUGUCGCGAAGGCAUCUGCGGCAGUUGUGGAAUGAACAUAAACGGCGUCAAUACUCUGGCUUGCGUAACGAAGGUCGAACAAUCUCCACAACCAUUGGUGGUUUAUCCUCUGCCGCAUGCGUACGUAAUUCGGGAUCUGGUGCCGGACAUGGAGCAGUUCUUACAGCAAUUUCAGAAGAUCGAACCGUAUUUACAACGCCCGGGUGAGGACAGUUUUCUCGGUUUGCGGCAGAUACUGCAAAGCCCGAGGGACAGGAGCAAACUCGACGGCAUGUACGAGUGCGUGAUGUGCGCGUGCUGCACGUACACGUGCCCCCCUUAUUGGUGGCUCGGCGAUAAGUUUUUGGGGCCUGCGGUUCUCCUGCAGGCAUACAGGUGGAUAAUAGACUCACGGGACCUGGCACACAAAGAGAGGCUGGCAAAGCUACGCGACUUUUACUCGGUUUACCGAUGUCACACGAUCUUCAAUUGUACUAAGACGUGUCCAAAGGGACUGAAUCCAGGAAAAGCGAUAGCGCAACUGAAACGUUUACUGGCCGGACUUACGAAGAAGGAGAAGCCAGACUUCGAGACGACACUUCCAAAUCUUUGCAGUGGUGAGGAACAUCAUCCAUGCAGUAAGGGGUAAGAAAAGGAUGACAAGAUUUGCAGGAUGAUGUUUGUCUUCCCUUUUAUUGUGUGAUUGAAUAAUAAACUGGUUUCGUUGCUACAUGGAAGCUGAUAAUCCCGUGGCUUAUACUCUAAAUUAAAUCUACAUUUUUGAUAAGCGUUCAAUACUAACCGGUACUAACAUGGAACUGUAUACUAUAAUCUCUCUUUCUCUCCCGAGAUUUUAUUUCUUUUUGUAAACUUAUCAAUCAAAAAAAGUAGAAUAUAUAUAUAAAUCUUCAAUGGUAAGAGCAGUGCAUUAAGUUACCUUAAUGCACUGCUCUUAAUACUGAUUAAUACAUAGUCAUCUUAGUUUUACUUUGUACGAAGUAUUUAGUAACAGCCCGCGGAAAAGAAUUCAAGGGAGGGGCAAAACCUUAAGGUCCCUCUAAAGAUAGGAAACUCAAGUAAAAACAUUUUGUAAAAAAACAAGGAAAAUUUGUACUUCGAAACUUAUUAUAUCAGACUAUAUAAUUUAUGUGUAUUAUUUGUUUUCUUUUCGUUUUUUUUUGUUUAUGAUUUAGAACUUCAACAUUGCUAUUUUUCAAUUCCAGGGAGGGCAACUGUCCCUCCUUGCCCCUCCUCUGGGCGCUUAUGUUUAGUAAUAUAAAUUAUAUUAUCAGUCUUAACAGACACGUCAAAUUGAGAUAUGCCAAAAACUAAACAAGUUUUAAUUAAUUGUAUCGGCUAACAGAUAUGUAUUCUAUUCUUAGUUAUCUCACUGUUUUCAGGUCAAAGCUAAUCACAGUUGUAUCAAAUUGCAAGUCUCGCACAAUUAAAUGGAAUAAAUGUCG